UCGAGCUUCUUCACGGGCGCAUGGUGUAUGGCCUAUGUCUCAGGACAUAUUGUCGCCAUCGGUGUCAACAAACAUGACACUCCUGCCUGAUCGUAGCGUUCGUUUGUUCCAGUUGCAGGCCAGCAAGCACCCGCCUGGCGCCGCUAUGCCUGCCUCAACCGAAAAAAGCCACCCAAAAGUGGGCAGCGUCGGCCGCCGACUAACACCAUGCGAUGCAUGUAAUAUGUUUUGUCCACGUGUCUAUAUUGCUGCCUGCGGACACGCCUAUUGCGUGGGAUGUGCUGUCGUUCAACAGGAAGAACACGGUCAACUCCGUGUUAUGUGCAACGAGUGCAAACGGAGAGUGAUUGCAGACCUCAUUGAGAUGAAGGACCAAUUGGUCGUGCGCGAUCUACCUUUUGCAUUGUGCCCCGGUCGGGUCCAUUUAAAACCGCUGGGCGGUCUCGGCCGUCGCUUGACGCCUUGUGAUGCCUGCAACAUGUUUUCUCCACGAGUGUAUCUCUGCGCAUGCGGGCAUGCCUUUUGUACUGGGUGCGCAAUUGUUCAUAAAGAGGAAGAAGAAGGUGCAGGGUUGAAGGCGUUCUGUCUCGAGUGCAAAAAAAAAGUCACUACUGAUCUCAUCGAGAUAAAGCCAAGUUUGCUUCGACAGAUGCGUUUCGUGUGUUCCUGCGGAAGGGAGGGGACACUCGAGCAAAUAAAGGAGCAUCUGUGGGAGUCUGCAGAGUCUCACAAUGUGACUGACUUCACAGUUUACGCGAUGAGGUGCUAAGUCUGAAAUUGCAACUACGCACUCUGGUUGGCGUAGCAACCAAGAAAUACUUCUGGGUCGAUUUGCAGAAGAUCAUAGACGAACACGAGAAGUCGAGACAGAAGACCAUCACGAGUAACGUUGAGCCCUGGGAGGUGUGCGGAUACGCCUGCGGAUUCUUCUGUCAAAUCAGCGAACAUGACAAUGAGUGUUAUGUCGACGUGUUCGUCAGGACCAUGUCUAAUAACACUUCGCUCUCACCGUGGCCGAUGAAGAAGAGGUGCAUUUUUGCACUAUAUGAUAUCAGCGGCCGCGAAGUGAAAACUCAUCUGUCACUCUUCUUCCAGAACGGCAGACCGAUGAACUCAUGCUUUAUUGCCCCGUCGUAUGAAGCUGUUGCUGGUUUCGGUCCGACUAAGUUUGUUCGAGUGGCCGAUAUUCGCGACAGGUCGGAUGAAUUACUCUUUGAAGGACGAGCCUGCUUUUCGGCAGAACUUCAAGAACCGUAAGAAUAUUGCUACAUGGAAACUAAAACGAUUAUCGGUG